AUGAAUGCGUUUCGAGCUUAUUCAUUGCUAUCGACAAUAAAUACAUGCCGUUUGAUAAGAAGGAAUCUACCAUCGAAUAGUAAUACAAGUACUCUUCGAGUAAUAGCUGAUCGUGUUGGUGUCAAACGUCGUAGUCGACGCUUUUUGAGAAAUUAUAUUCUAGCAAAUGGGUUAUUGUUUGGUGGUGGUAGUCUGUAUUAUUUUUGCUAUCUUACAACAAAACAAAAACGUCAAAUAAAAGUGUCAUUUGAAGGUUUACAACGUGCAUUAAGAUCAUUUCGCAUCGGUUUUCUUAUUGCAGUUGAUUAUAAAUAUCAUUUUUGGACUAUACCUGAUACAUCACCAGAAUACGAUUCAAAACUUAAAGAAUGUCAUACACGAGCAGCCGAGAGAAUAGCGCAAGGAUGUAUCGAAAAUGGUGGCUUAUAUGUUAAAAUGGGCCAAGGUAUGGUUAGUGCCGAUCAUAUUUUACCAAGAGAAUACACUGAUGGACUUCGAUUAUUACAAGAUCGAGCUUUAAGAAGACAACGAAAUGAGGUUAGUCAAUUAAUCGAUGAAGAAUUCGGCUGUGAAGUUUCCGAUUUAUUUUCUUAUCUUUCUCCUGAACCUAUUGCUGCAGCUUCACUUGCUGAAGUCUAUGAAGGCCGUCUUAAAUCAACAGACGAACGUGUAGCUGUUAAAUUACAAUAUAUUGAUUUGCAAGAUCGUUUCACUGGCGAUAUGUUAACGAUUCGAAUGAUAUUGUAUGCCAUUGGUAGAAUUUUUCCUAAAUUUGAAUUCAGUUGGAUGAUCGAUUCAGUAAAAAGCAACUUAGAACGUGAACUUGAUUUUAAAUUAGAAGGCGAAAAUGCCGAGCAAUGCUAUGCACAGCUAUCACCACAUUUGAAAUAUAUCUACGUUCCAAAAGUUUUCUGGGAGUACACAACAAAACGAGUACUCGUCAUGGAAUAUAUCGAUGGGAUAAAAAUUUCAGAUACAAAAAAACUUCAAGAAGCAAACUUACCAUUAAACGAAGUUGAUACAAAACUUGUUGAAGCUAUGGCUUUUCAAAUAUUUCAUUCCGGAUUUGUACACGCUGAUCCUCAUCCCGGUAAUGUUUAUGUCAGAAAAGAUCCUAAUACACCAACGAAAUCAAAUGUUCAAAUUGUUUUACUUGAUCACGGUUUAUAUGUUACCAUUGGUCCAAAAGAUCGAGAAGCUCUAUGUCAACUAUGGAAAGCAAUUAUAUUGAAAGAUGAAGCCAAAAUAAAACAAUAUUCAUUAGCAUUGGGCGUACAAGCUAAAGACUAUUUAACAUUUGCCGCUGUCCUCUCUAUGCGUCCUAUUCAUCGACCUAUUCACGAUAUGGCAAUAUCACCCGGUGUUUGGGAUCGCAUGUCACCCGAUGAACAAAGAGCAGCACGUGCACAAGGAAAAGUGCGUUUUCCUAGUGAAAAGGAAUUUCUUAAUAUGAAUUCACAACAAAAAAUGGCCAUACGUAAAGAUUUCGCAACUAUUUUCAGUGACAUUGAAGAUAGUAUUUUACGAACUCUCUAUGAUAUGCCUCGAUCAUUAUUAAUGAUAUUAAGUGUAUCAUUCCGACAGAAAAUAGCUAAAGAGGAAAUGGAUCGAAUACGAUUAAAAGCUCGAGAAAAAAUGGACGAAGUUAAUCAUGUAUUCAAGCAAUUACCGGACAAGCUUAUUCUUGUUCUCAGAAACUUAAAUCAAAUUCGAUCGACUAUUCGUGAUCAUGGAAAUCUUAUCGAUCGACAUACUAUUAUGGCUCGAAGUGCUAUUUUGGGUGCUCGAAAAUACGAAACACCGCAGAGAUUAAUCAAAGAUCGUAUUUAUGCUCGAUUGGAAUUAUUUAUGUUUGAUUUAAUACUUUUCAAAGAUCGAACGGAGCGAUGGUUUAAAUUUAAAUUCUUGAAAUUCUUAGUCAUAUUUGGAUAUAUGUCCAAAGAAACUGAAAAAUUAGUCGAACAGUUUCAAUAA